CUUUAAAAGAGAAAGUCGUGGUGUGUGUGUGUGUGUGUGUUGUGAAUGCGAACAUGAGACGGGACUGAGGGAAACAGACGGUCUGGUCUCCUCAGUGUAACUACAACAGCGUGUCACUUUCUGCCUCCACACAGCGUGUUCACGAGCUCUUCAGUUCCUCACCCGUUUCUCUGCAGGACACUCUUUCACAAGAAGAACGAGAGGGCACGGUUCACUUCACGUCUCGCCAUCGGCUUGGCUUUUACUUUGUUUUAUUUUGAGAAAAAAGAUGUUCUAGCGGAACGCGUUUGAACUUCUUAAAGUUUAUUUCAUUGAAUAGCCAAAACUGGUGAAACUGUCCCUGUGUCUCGCGCUGGCUGAGGCGCUGUGUGAGAUGCGCGACUAGAGGCACAAACACAGCCGCGACACAUCCACGUUUGGCAGCGUGUUCGCGAGAGUGGCAUCGGUGAUUUGGGGUUCGUGUUUUUUGGUGAGGAUUUUCUCAAGGGAACAUGGAGGAGGACAGCGCUCGGGAAACCACCGAGCAGCCGUGUAAAGACUCGGACCGCCAGCUUCGCCUGAGGCUGUGUGUGCUCAACGAGCUGCUGAACACCGAGCGAGAUUAUGUGCGCACUCUCGCCUUCCUGCAGUCGGCAUUUCUCCAGAGGAUCAGACAGAUGGGAGAGAAUCAGCAGUGUCUGACACCGGAACAAGUCAAGAUCUUGUUUUCCAACAUUGAAGAGAUUUUAGAUGUACACCGGGAGUUUUUCUCCGCUUUGGAUGCCAGUCUGCAGCCCGAACCUCAGCCUCAGCACUCGCUCGGCAACGUCUUCCUCCAGUUUAGAGACCGCUUUUCAGUGUAUGGAGAAUAUUGUAGUAACCAUGAGAAAGCACUCAGGCUGCUGAUGGAGCUCAAUAAGAUCCCUGACAUCCGCACCUUCUUAUUGCAUUGCAUGUUGCUAGGAGGGAAGAAGAGCACAGAUGUUCCUCUGGAAGGUUACCUGCUCUCACCUAUACAGAGGAUCUGCAAGUACCCUCUCCUUCUCAAGGAGCUGUUGAAAAGGACGCCUAAGAAGCAUGCAGAUUACCCGGCCGUGGAGGAAGCUCUGCAAGCCAUGAAGGAAGUGUGCUCCAACAUCAAUGAGACGAAGAGACAGAUGGAGAGACUGGAGGCUCUCGAGCAGCUCCAGUCCCACAUAGAGGGCUGGGAGGGAACAAAUCUAACUGAUAUCUGUACUGAGCUGCUCCUCCAUGGCAAUCUGUUGAAGAUCUCAGCAGGAAACAUUCAGGAAAGGGUCUUCUUCCUGUUCGAUAACCUUCUCGUGUACUGCAAGAGGAAGUCCAGAGUUUCAGGAAAGAAAUCCACCAAGAGGACGAAGUCUAUCAAUGGCCCGCUGUAUGUCUUCCGUGGCCGAAUCAACACGGAAGUGAUGGAGGUGGAAAACGUUGAAGAUGGAACCGCUGAUUAUCAUAGCAACAACUACACUGUGACCAACGGCUGGAAGAUUCACAACACGGCCAAAAACAAGUGGUUUGUGUGCAUGGCCAAGAAUGCAGAAGACAAGCAAAAAUGGCUGGACGCCAUUUUAAAGGAACGUGAACAGAGAGAGAGUCUCAAACUGGGAAUGGAGCGGGAUGCUUACGUUAUGAUCGCAGAGAAAGGAGAGAAGCUCUACCACAUGAUGAUGACCAAGAGCCGCCAUCUGAUCAAAGACCGCCGGAGGAAGCUCACCAUUGUGCCCAAGUGCUUUCUGGGAAAUGAAUUUGUCACCUGGCUGUUGGAGAGUGGAGAGAUCAGUAAACCAGAGGAAGGGAUCAAUUUAGGUCAAGCGCUACUGGAAAAUGGUCUCAUCCACCAUGUUUCGGAUAAACAUCAGUUUAAGAACGAGCAGGUACUGUACCGCUUCCGAUAUGAUGACGGCACUUACAAAGCCAGGAGCGAGAUGGAGGAUAUUGUAUCCAAGGGUGUGAGACUGUACUGCCGUCUCCACAGCCUGUUCGUACCUGUGAUUAAAGACAGAGACCACCACCUGAAGACGUUUAAAUCGGUGUUACCAGCCAGUAAACUGGUGGACUGGCUUGUCUCACAGGGAGACUGUUCUACCCGUGAGGAUGCCGUCACAUUUGGGGUCGGCCUGUGCAACAACGGCUUCAUGCACCACGUCCUGGAAAAGAGUGAGUUCAAGGACGAAUCUCAGUUCUUCCGUUUCCAUGCUGAUGAGGAGACAGAAGGCACUAGCACUAAAACCAAGCAGCUUCGCAACGACUUUAAGCUCAUUGAGAACAUCAUGGCGAAGUCCCUAGUGAUUCAUCCAGGAGAGGAAGACUACGGAUUUGAGAUUGAGGAGAAGAACAAGGCCAUCAUGGUGAAAAGUAUAACCAGGGGCUCCCAUGCUGAGAUGGCAGGGUUGCAGGCAGGAAGGAAGAUCUACUCCAUUAACGAAGACCUGGUAUUCCUGAGGCCCUUCUCUGAGGUGGAGAUGAUGAUCAACCAGUCUUUCUGCAUACGCCGUUCUCUCAGGCUGCUGGUUGCCACCAAAAACAAAGAGCUCGUGAAGAUUCCAGACUGUCAAGAUGGCCUGUCAUUCAAACUGCGUGGAGCCUGUCCUCCAUAUGUGCAUGCAGUGAAAAAAGGGUCAGAGGCCGCAGCAGCAGGCCUGCAGCCCGGCCAGUGCGUGCUCAAAGUAAACGGCGCCAACAUGAGCCAGAGCAGCUAUGAGGAGGUGCUGGAGCACUUCAGCAGUCAUCAGCCUGAACAGGAUGAGAAGAAGGAGGCUUGCAGUCAGUGGGUGUACCGUGUGUAUGACGACGUGGAGGAACAGGCGUUCAGAUCGUGCCUCACUGAGAACGGUUCAGAUGCAGAGGAAAACGGCUGUGCUAAUGGAACAGUUAGAGGUCUGCAAUAUUUGUCCCUGUCUGGAGAUGUCCCACUGGUUAAUAUGAUGGUGGAUAACGUGCACCUGGAACAUGGGGUUGUAUACGAGUACGUGAGCUCAGCCGGGAUCAAGCAUCAUGUUCUGGAGAAGAUGGUGGAGCCAAAGGGCUGCUUCAGUCUCACAGCAAAGAUAUUAGAGGCCUUUUCUAAAGAAGACAACCAUUUUGUGACGAGCUGCAGUCAGCUGAUCGCUCAGAGCGAGCGUGUCGUAUCGAUGCCGCAAUAUGAGUUCAGAAAUAUCUGCGACACCAAACUGGAGAGUAUACGCAAACGUAUCUGCAGCUACCAACAGUUUGCAGAUGAGCUGCAGAAUAAAGGCUCGCCUAUGUUUAAGCAAGCUAGCACUAAACCUCACGCCCUGGGGUGCAUGGACUUUGUGCCCACUAAUUGCCACCUGAACCUGAUGCAGGUUUCAUGUCCCAAGAACAGCACAUCAGCCGGGCGUGCCUUCAGCAUCCGCUUCGGGCGCAAGAAUUCCUUUUUUGGCCUUGAUCCAGACCAAGCCAAUCUGAACCCCAUGUCCCACACGGUCCACUGUGUGACGAGCAUGGCCGCCCCAUCCUGGAGCUGCACGGGUCUGGAUGACGAGGAGGUGGAGGGAGUAGAUGGAGGUGUCGAGGCAUGCAGGAGGCGCACACGUGGUGAAGGAGGCCUCAGUUUUCUUCUCAAACAGGAGGACACUGAGAGCCAGGACAACUACAUCUACCUUUAUAACCGGCUGGACAUCGCGGUCAGGGAGAUGAAGCUCUAUGUGAAUCAGAUUGAUGUGCUCCUGUCCUCCAUCACUGGUCCAAUCCAGCCUCAGAGCUCUGAGCCUCCGUCAUACGACAGUGUGCCUUCUACUUCUCCUGGGCACGAGGAGGCCAUUCAGAGCAAAAGAGUGUGCUUCAAAGUGAAUGAGGAUGAUCAGGAGGAUUCUGGACAUGACACCAUGAGUUACAGAGACUCUUACAGUGAGUGCAACAGUAACCGAGACUCUGUGCUGUCCUACACGAGUGUACGAAGCAACAGCUCUUAUCUAGGGAGUGAUGAGAUGGGCUCAGGAGAUGAGUUGCCAUGUGACAUGCAGAUUCCCCUGGACAAACAGGACAAACUUCAUGGGUGUCUGGAGCAUCUUUUCAAUCAAGUUGACUCUAUCAACAGCCUCCUGAAAGGGCCGGUCAUGAGCAAGGCAUGCGAGGAAACCAAGCAUUUCCACCCUGACCACACUCAGCCAGAAUUCCGCCACGCAGACGACUGGACAGCACGAUGCAGAUACAUCUUGCACAAAAACAUCCAGGAGGACCCUUGGAACCUACCCAGCUCCAUCAAAAACCUAGUGGACAGUCUGCAUCGCUUCGUAGAGGAUGGAAGGAAUCAGCUUUUGUUGGCCUUGCUGAAGUGCACAGACACAGAGUUGCAGUUGCGUCGGGAUGCGAUUUUUUGCCAGGCCCUCGUGGGUGCACUGUGCACACUUGCCGAACAAGUGUUCUGGGCGCUAAACCUUCGCUUCAACAACAACGCUGAAUAUGAGGACGACUGCAAGGAGGUCAGCCACAAAUGGCUGGAGCAGAUCUCGGCAAUCGGAGUGCUCUUCAACUUCCAGUCCACUCUCUCACCGCACGUGAGAGAGGAGCGCACCAUGCUAGAAGACACAAAAGCGGCUCUGCAGGAUCUGGAUAAAGUCACCGUGCUCUUCCGGCCACUGGAGAACGAAUGCCUGGUUGCAAACACGCCGGUGCAUUAUCAAGUUGAAGGCAGUCGGCAGGCAAUCCGUGUCACGCUUUACCUGGACAGCUGUCAUUUCAGCGAGCUUCCCACGCGUCUGCAGAAUGGAGGCAGCCUCAAGCUGCACUCAGCUCUUUUCACCAGAGCAUUGGAAAGGCCGGAAGGAGUAUCAGCUCAGGACUUUGUUGCCAUGGAAGAGUUUCAGCAGCGGAUCAACGCUGUGUCACUGGAAAAAGUCAAGUUCUAUUACCGGAGACUCAGGGCUUUCUAUUUAGAGAAAUCCAAUUUAUCCUCCGACUCAAAUUCAACCGCUAUGAAAAUAGAUCAUCUUCUUCGUCCCCUCAACACCCUGGAUGACCUGUGCAGGCUCAUGCAGACCUACAUGAACGUGAAGCCUAGUGCGGUGGGCCACCCAUCCGGUGUCAGUGUACUGCUGGUGUCCUCUGAGCUAUGCAACCGCCUGGGAGCCUGCCAGAUCAGCAUGUGUGCUACUGGCAUUCAGAGGUGCACCCUGACCGUCACCCUGGAGCAGGCCAUGAACCUGGCCAGAAACCACGGCCUAAUGCCUCGCUGCUUCAUGCAGACUAUGGACAUUUUGCGCAAACAGGGCACCAGAGUCGAAAUCUCGGCCAAAAACCUCAGAGUGAGGGACGAGAUGCCAGCCUUCGCACCAAGACUCUUCAAGCUGUGUCUCCCACCUUCUGAUGGCGAUCUCUGAGUUUCUCGCCGCAGCCUCUCGAAUGCUCACUUGAAAUAUUAAGCAAAAGACUUGUUAAAGAGGUCACUCAGCCUUUGCCAGACGUUUCCGUUGUACCACACCUCGGCUCGGAGAGGAUUUCUACAGCACACUGACUGAGGCGAACACAACAGCCGGCAUGGGAAUAUUCUAGUCACUGCGCUGCCGUCGGCUAGCAGAGACUUCUCCUCUUAACAUAUUCGUUUCUUGCCACUGAUCGGUGCCGUUCCUAAGACUACGGAUCUUUUUUUGUAACCGAGUUACUAAACUACCUGUAACUAGACUGUGUUCCUCACUUUGCCUUGGACUGCAGCGUUGGUGAGCUCCCCGGUUCCGUCUCUAGCUGGCGAGGUUAGCGCCUCUUCCACUGCCUCAGACGUGGUGAUUAUGUGCAAUUACUGUAGCUUAGCAUGUGCAUUCCUGCACUAUUCCUUUCCAAGAGUAUUCUUCAAAAGAAGUGUUUUUAUUUUCCUCACUUCAGGUCUUAUAAAUUACUGAAAGCAUUCCACUGACAGUAUUAUAUGGACCAAGCUGACACUGUUUAAGCUCUUUUAGUUUAUUUGUGUAUAUAUAUAUAUAUAUAUAUAUAUAUAUAUAUAUAUAUAUAUAUAUAUAUAUAUAUAUAUAUAUAUAUAUAUAUAUAUUAUAAAACUGCUUUUAAAAUAUUUUAUUUUAUGUUACAGUGUGUGUCAGAGUUCAGUAAUCUCUCCAGGAUGAAAGAUCAUUUUGGCAAAAGCUUAAUAAAGUUACUCAGUUAAUCAUUUGACAUCUACGGAUACUAAGCGCUCAAGAUUUUUACUAAUCAGAUCAGAGAAAGCGAAGAAGUUUCUUUGUUUUUGUGUCUGGUUUUGGCACUUUUUAAUCUCUGGGUGUUGCAGUAUAGAACUCUUCUAGAGCGUAGCCUGAGUGUUUUGAGAAGCACAAUAAAAAAUAUUCAAAUUAUUCAACAGUGUUUGCUAAAGUACUGUACAAAACAAAGGGAUCAUUGAAGGAUGCUUAGAUAGACUGAAUUUUAUUUUAUUGAAUUUCCUUUGUGUGUGUGUGAAUGUAUAAACAUAGCAUGGGGAUGGUCAUGCUAUAAUUUAAAUUGAAUUAUUAAUGUUAAAACAAACCAAUAUGGAAGUGUACAUCUUUCAUUUUGUAUACAUGCUGUAUAUGUGAAUAGAAUCCUUGUUGUGUAUUUCCACUUACAUUGUUUUCAGUAUUUAAAUGGCUAACCAUGUCCAUGUGGUCAGUAGAGAUUCACAGACAGUUUGUAAAACCCAUAAGGGUCGUGAUUCUUGACUGAGGAGAAAAAUUGACCUAACAUUACUCUAACAUUUCGGUUCCUCAAAGCAAGCUCAAUAGUUAUUUAUUGAUGAGUCUAUAAUAAACUGAGCAUAUGUUAUAUUUAAAAAAAAAAAAUACUUACAGAACAGUAUAUUAAUGUGUUUUAACGACAUUUUCUUUUCUGGAAAGCCACCGUCCCCUGACACAAACCCAUACGACAGAUAUGUCUUAUUUUUUUUGUCACAUAGCCGACAAAACACUGUGACAAAGGUGUUCGAUGUUAUGCAAUGCUGAGUUUUUGACAUUCACAGUGCCUUGUGGAUAGGAAAAAAAAAUUGGACAUCCAUUUUUAACCUCCCUCAUGUGUAUAUGUGCAGCAGAUCUUCAGCUGGAGCUGGAAGUGGCUGUGUGGAGCUUAGUGUGGAGGCUGUUUAUUUCAGGCUGAGCUUGCUUUGAAGAAUCCACAAUAGCAUGCUGUAAUUUUAAGUAUUUGAGUAUAUAAGUGUUGUCCAGCCCCAGCUGGAUGUUCCUGCAUCAUGUUUGGAAUUAGCUGAGAAAUUGAAUCAUGUAUGUAAGAGCAGGGAAAACAUGAAAAACGUUCAUGUGUCUUAUUCCCAAGCUUUGGAAUGGGAAUCUCUUGGUCAGUAAAAAAAAACAAUGCCUUGUAUAAAAUAAGCUUAAAUAUUUAAUGUUGAUGCUCUUUAACUUGUAAUAUCUGUGGAUGUUUGAAUGUACUGAUAAGAGUUUUUUUUUUUUUUUUUUAAAUCAAUGUGAUAAUCACAUCGGUCUAUAAUGUCAGCUCAUUAACAGUCUAUUAAAAUCAGACAGGUUUGAGUUAAUAUGUCGUUGUCACACUGCCGGCUGAUGUGUGUGAUCACCUCCACCUACAGAAAUACUGUCAACAGGCAUGGAUCAAAUGUUUUUUACUUCAGCCCAAUGUUCUGUCAAAGCAGUAUGGAAAUUAAACUCUCGUGGUUAAUCAGUA